AUGUCGCGCGCCACAUCAGCAAUCACAUCGGCGGCAUCGCACCGUGUCGUGCCCUCGGCCAACGCCACCACCUCCAAGUUGACCACCUCCGUCCGUGGUCUCGCUACCGUCCAGGAUGCUCCCCCAGUUCAGCACAAGCGUGGUCUCCAGGACCAGGACCGUAUUUUCCAGAACCUUUACGGCCACCAUGGAGCCGACCUCAAGAGCGCCAUGAAGUACGGUGACUGGCACAAGACCAAGGAGAUUAUCAACAAGGGUCACGACUGGAUCAUCUCAGAAAUCAAGGCCUCUGGUCUUCGUGGCCGUGGUGGAGCUGGUUUCCCCUCUGGUAUGAAGUGGUCCUUCAUGAACUUCAAGGACUGGGACAAGGACACCAAGCCCCGCUACCUGGUCGUCAACGCCGAUGAGGGUGAGCCCGGAACCUGCAAGGACCGUGAAAUUAUGCGCAAGGACCCCCACAAGCUGCUCGAGGGAUGUUUGGUUGCUGGUCGUGCCAUGAACUGCACCGCCGCCUACAUCUACAUCCGUGGUGAAUUCUACCACGAGGCCACCGUCCUCCAGCGUGCCAUCCAGGAGGCCUACCAAGCUGGUCUUAUCGGAAAGAACGCCUGUGGAUCUGGAUACGACUUCGACAUCUACAUUCACCGUGGUAUGGGUGCCUACGUCUGUGGUGAGGAGACUUCCCUCAUCGAGUCGCUCGAGGGCAAGCCCGGAAAGCCUCGUCUGAAGCCUCCGUUCCCCGCUGCCGUCGGUCUUUUCGGUUGCCCUUCGACCGUCGCCAACGUCGAGACCAUUGCUGUUGCACCCACUAUCAUUCGUCGUGGUGGCAGCUGGUUCAACUCGUUUGGCCGUGAGCGUAACGCCGGUACCAAGCUUUUCUGUAUCUCUGGUCACGUCAACAACCCCUGUACCGUCGAGGAGGAGAUGUCCAUUCCUCUCCGUGAGCUGAUUGACAAGCACUGUGGUGGUGUCAUUGGCGGCUGGGACAACCUCAAGGCCGUCAUUCCCGGUGGUUCAUCUACUCCCAUCCUUCCCAAGAAGAUCUGCGACGACCAACUCAUGGACUUCGACGCCCUCAAGGACUCUCAGUCUGGUCUCGGUACCGCCGCCGUCAUUGUCAUGGACCAGAGCACCGAUGUCGUCCGCGCCAUCGCUCGUCUGUCCAAGUUCUACCACCACGAGUCUUGCGGUCAGUGCACUCNNCCCUGCCGUGAGGGUUCCAAGUGGACCGAGCAGAUCAUGCACCGUUUCGAGAAGGGUCAAGCCCGCGCUCGUGAGAUUGACAUGAUGCAAGAGCUCACCAAGCAGGUCGAGGGCCACACCAUUUGCGCUUUGGGUGAGGCCUUUGCCUGGCCCAUCCAGGGUCUGAUCCGCCACUUCCGCCCCGAGCUCGAGGCCCGCAUCCAGGACCACGCCAAGGCACAGGGUGGUGAGGCACUUGCUGGUGGCUGGCACCACAACUCUCACAAGGAUGGUCUGCUCGUCUCUCCCGGCCAGUAG